AUGUACAAGCUUAUGCGUCUACGGCGGAACUUUCUAACUACCUAUCUCCUUUGCCAGGAGGCUUUUCAAGCUUCUGCCCACUUCUUGCCGAAGCAAAGAGCUGGCGGCAUACCUCCCAACAAUCGCCAACACCUUUCGUCCGACGCCGCAGUAGGCCUCUGCUUGCAAGGGCAUAGCGCAGUGAGACUUACCGGCCCGAUGAAGGGGCGUUCAUCCGCGUCCAGCGAGGACAGCGUUGAACCCUCCCACAAGCCACUGGUAACCGAAGAAGCCUCGUUCCUCAAUCGGCCACGAUCCGACUUCGAGCACGAUGCCCAGCCCGGUCCCGACGCAAGUCCACGCUCGAACGAGCAACAAAACACUGUCACUCCCUUACCGACCGGUGCCCGGCGACAUGUGAGCUUCAAUUGGAAGUCAGACACACCACAGCCGGCGGGCGACAGCUCCAACCGGAUACCAUCCAUCUCAACGCAUCAGCCGCCGUCCAUCACUUCAACCUCGCCGGACCGCCCACCUGACGGCAAACGCGCUGAAGCUACAAGACACGACGCUUCGUCCGCGGAUAGUAACCAUGACGCUUCACAACAACGCGAAUACCGAGCGGCACUGCGCAGCCCCUUCUCCGUUACCCUGAUGGCGUUUAUGACUGCUGUGCUGGGCAUCACUUUACUAUAUGCUAUCGUGGGCUCCUCCUUGUCACGACAAGUGGAGGAAAAGGGUUGUCGCAUGUCAUAUAUGCGGCCCUCAUAUGUACGCCUGCAUGAAUUCGAUACAGAACAUACCCGUUUCGCGACGAAGUAUUCGUUAUACCUCUAUCGGGAGCAGGGUAUAGACACGAACAACAAGCUUCGAGGCGCACCCGUUCUUUUCAUACCCGGCAAUGCUGGUAGCUACAAGCAGGUUCGACCUGUUGCCGCUGAAGCAGCCAAUUACUUUCACGAUGCUUUGCAACAAGAUCCAGACACGACGGCCAGAGGCGUGCGCCCAUUGGAUUUCUUCACAGUCGAUUUCAACGAAGACAUCACGGCCUUCCACGGCCAGACUAUGCUCGACCAGGCUGAUUACUUGAAUGAAGCCAUCAGGUUCAUCUUGGCGCUUUACCAGGAUCCAAAAAUGACCUCGAGGGGUGUGGACUUGCCCGAGCCGACCUCGGUCUUGAUACUUGGGCACUCUAUGGGGGGCAUAGUUGCUCGUACCAUGCUUACCAUGCCCAAUUAUCAGUCCAACUCAAUCAACACCAUCAUCACCAUGUCUGCUCCACACGCACGCGCCCCAGUUACUUUCGAUAGCCAAAUUGUCAGCAUCUACAACGACAUCAAUAGUUACUGGCGUCAAGCCUACGCCCAAAAAUGGGCAAACGACAACCCCCUAUGGCACGUAACCCUGGUGUCUAUUGCUGGCGGCGGUUUGGACACCGUCGUACCUUCCGAUUAUGCCAAUAUUGAAUCUCUCGUCCCAGAAACGAAUGGCUUCACAGUCUUCACCACUGGGAUACCCACUGUUUGGACCAGCAUGGACCACCAAGCUAUUCUCUGGUGCGAUCAAUUCAGAAAAGUUCUCACUCGUGCGAUCUUUGACGUUAUCGAUGCUCGUCGGCCAUCACAAACUAAGCCAAGAGCCGAGAGGAUGCGAAUGUUCAAGCGACGCUUCCUAACUGGCAUGGAAACGUCUGCAGAGAAGGUGCUGUCUAACAAUGAACCCACAACACUUCUUACCGUUGGAGACGAUUUCCUCGCCAGCGCAGCGCAUGGAGAGCAACUGGUACUCCGAGACUUGGGUGGAAAGCCGGAACUAGAGGCUCACUUGCUUCCCAUACCCUCUGACCGACUAUCAAAUGGCAUACAAUUCAACCUGCUCACGAACAGUCCUCUGGAUUCCCCCGGCGAGCAUGGUACUCUUGAGGUACUAUUUUGCAGCCCUGCUGGCCACCAGUCCCUUCCUAGCCCGGAGCUUGUACACCUAAAUCUCGGACCGUCGAAUGAUCGGCUCGACGCUGUCAAGUUGUUGUGCAAGAAUACGGCAGCCGACCAAAUACUUCUUCCAGCAUCCACCGAUUUCACGACUCAGCCAUUCGUGUCCAAGACCGGCGAAGGGCAUCUGCCAUUUAUCUUCCUGAAGUAUGACAUGGAGGACUUUGCUGAGUACCUCUAUGUUGCGGUCAUUGACAAAGCCGUUAAACCCACCAGUGCCUUUGUUGUGGCCGACUUUAGCAGCGAAACUCAAGCCAAGAGAAUACAAACCGUGGGCGUCGGACGACUGGCAGCCCUUGGCCUGGCAAUGACGCUACCUGGAGAUCGCCCGAUGACUGCUGAAGUCAAAUUCCCAAAUCUCAAGUCGAGCCUUGUCGCCCUUCAUCUCGAAAUCCACAGUCCAGCGUGCAGCAGCAAACGGCUUCUGUUUUCGCCAAUGAUCAGACAAUAUCUUGCCCACCCUCACGAGUCAAGAUUCUACGUCAACGCGCGAAGUGUAGACUUAAGCAUGCAUGGCUCUGCACCUUUUUUGCCGCCUCCCUUGACACCGUCUAGCGCCAAUGACCAAGGCCUCAGCCUUCAAAUCUGGACUGACCCAACCUGCGAGUCUAGCCUUGAGAUUCGGCUUACUGUGGACAUUUUGGGCAGCUUGGGAAAGCUUGUCAUUCGAUAUCGAACCGUCUUUGCUGCUUUCCCACUCCUGAUAGUGUCUCUGGUGCUUCGGAAGCAAUUUCGGGUCUAUGACUCCACUGGCGUGUUUAUCUCCUUCUCAGAUAGCCUUGACAGCUGCCUGAAGCAAUCUUUGCCAUUGGUUUUGCUCUCGCUUACACUCCUCUCGUUAUCAUUGAGAGGAUCCGAGACGUCCGUCACAGGCAUAUUGUGGGACACCUGGGAUGCAAAUGCCCCCACAACCGACUUCCACAGCAACGACCUAUUGACUGGCACGCGGGACUCCUUUUUUUGGUUCCUGGUGCCUCUUAUCGGCGUUGUCUGCAUUGGUACAAGAUGGUCGUCGUCGAGCGUCGACGUCAGCAUUUGUUCCAUCAUCUGCUAG